CUUUAAAGAAUGUACUAUUUAAUUUGUCUUUAUGUCUCUGUCUCUCCUUCCAUUUCUCACCAUCUUCUCAUUUUCAUCCUUCAAACAAACCCAAAAAAAAAACAGAGAAAAUAAGGGAAGAGAAAUUAAAUUCCCUCUUCACAACAAUCACCUUCCCCGCCGGAAACGCAGCUCAUAUCUCACCCUUUUUUUUUUCUUCUUUUCCAUCCCCAAAAAAAAGAAAACUAUGAACAACAACAACAUUACUUGCAUCACAAGAAACAACAGCAACAACAAUAACACGACUCAAGCUUGUGCUGCAUGUAAAUACCAACGUAGAAAAUGUGCACCUGAUUGCAUAUUAGCACCUUAUUUCCCUCAUGAUAAACAAAGACAAUUCCUUAAUGCUCAUAAAUUAUUUGGUGUAAGUAACAUUAACAAAAUUAUUAAAUAUCUUGAUCCUCCUCUUAAGGAUCAAGCGAUGCGAACGAUCAUUUUUCAAUCCGAUAUGCGUGCUAACGACCCGGUUGGUGGUUGUUACAAAUACAUUCAAGAUCUACAAGCUCAGAUUGAAUAUUGUAAAGCAGAACUUGAUCUUGUUCAUCAACAACUUGCUCUUUUUAGAGCUCAAGCUCAACAACAACAACAAGUUUAUGGCGGUGAUCAAGUUAUUAUGAAUGGUGAUUCAUUGUUAGGUUUCUAUAAUCAAGGAUCUAUUGUUUCUGCUAAUAAUCCUCAUUAUCAAUACAACAUUCAACAAAUGGUGCCUCAACAGGAACAGGAACAAUAUCUUAUGAUGCAUGAGAGUAAUAGUAGUAUUCAUAAUUCUCCUUUGCAACAACAUAUUAAUAGUUGGGCUAUGCAAAGCUCUAUUUCCCUCUCUUCUUUGUCAUUGCAUGGCCAGAGUAGUAAUGCUAGUGAUGAAUAUGAUCAUAAGCAAAUUCUUGAUAUACCUUGUGAUGAAAGAAAUGAAUUAGGAUUCGACUCGAGAGAAAUUCUUCACCACAGUGAUGAAGCAAUUUUGUUUAAGAUAGACGAUGGAAUGAUCAAAGCAGAGGAUGAUUACAUCCAACAAGCUCAAGUACAAGCUCAAGAUCAUGAUCUGAAAGGUGCAGCAACAUUGUUUACUCUCACAAAUUGUACUAGUUGAUGAUCCUGCUGUUAAUUAGUAUAGAUUGUAGAAGAUACUUUCACAUCCAUCUUGUUGUCAUUAGCCAG